GUCAAAUCCUAAAAUCAAUGAAUAAAAUCAAACUUUUAUGUUAUUAAUCUUUUAAUUAGAUUACGACACUUUGGCCUGGAUUUCACAGACAGGGUCACAUAUAUACUAUUCUCAUGCAAUUCCAAUUAUUAUGAAUGGUUUUCUUUCUUUCCUAGAGAUAUAGUGAAGAAAAACACCAUGCAAGUUUAGAUAGACAUGAGAAUAAGUGAUUGUACAUCCUGUAGCUCAGUGGUAGACAUUGCGUUAGCAAUGCAAAAGAUCAUGGGUUCAACACACAUACUGGCGACCUUGUAAUGCACCAAAGUCACUGACAUGUUUUUCCACCUUUUUCAAACCAUUGUUGCUUUGGUUUAGGGUUAGAUUUGGUGUUUGCGUCAUUUUAAGUAUUGGUUUAUACAAUUUUUUUCAGAUUCAUUUUUUUUAUAUUUUCCAAUUUUUAAACGAUUGUCACAUGGCGUUAGAGUUGGGUUUGGGUAAGGAUGUCAUUUUAUGUAAAUCUAACCCUAAACCGAAGCGACAAUGGUAAGAAAAUAGGACAAAGCAGUUGAGUUUUUUUGCAUUUGGAAAUUGCACUAUAGGUACGUAAUUUCUGGGAUGACUAUUCCUUUAAGUUAAACAGGACUGUACUGUCUUUGAAGAUAUCCCAUUUUACACUGCCAGCACACAUGUUUCUAACAAAUGUUGUACAGUGCUUCAACUCCAACCAUAAGCGUAUGUGGCAGGCUGAAAAUGAGUCAGAGAAAUGGAAAGUCAAGUAAAACACUAGGGUACCGGCCAUCGCUGGGAGAGGAAUGUUGCAGUAGCCGGGUACAACUCUUUAGGUUAUCUGCACAGACACCAUACCUGUACAAUAUCCUGUAUAAACUGCUACAGGGAUCACCUCGAUCUGCCGCUCCAGAGCUUCUGCUAAAGUAACUAAAACUGCCUGUGGAAGAAGGAAGAAAGGCAGGUAGACGAAUGGAUAUCAAGCAAGUUCUCAUAUUUCUCUCUCUGUGUGGGCCGGCUUGGGCCUCGACGAUAGACUUGGAUGAUUAUGGCGGUGUACCUCUCUGGAUAAAUCGUUUUUUGGGAGAGCCAAGCGUGUUGACUUUAAAAGACCGGAUGGAUCCAGGGUGGUUUCGAGCCGUAAACCCACAAAGCUGUCCGCUGGAGUGUGACUGUCCAAUCCAGUGGCCGACGGCACUUUACUGUGACCAGAAGGGUAUUGAUCAGAUCCCUAAUGGUCUUCCAGCCCGCACACAGUAUCUUUUCCUCCAAGGGAAUAACUUCACUUCUCUUCGGUCUAGAGAGUUUGCCAAUGGCACCAACUUGCGCUGGUUGAUCUUGGAUCGCAACCAGCUACUGAGCAAACAACUCGAUAAGGCAUUGUUCUCUAAUUUGACCCACUUGGUAAAUCUCUUCAUAAACAAUAAUAACCUGACAGAGGUGCCGGCUGGACUUCCUGGUGGUCUGAGGCAGCUACGACUUGCAUACAACAACAUUGAAGAGAUUUCUUCUGGUGCUUUCCAAAAUUUGGAGAACUUAACGUUACUUCUGUUACAAGGCAAUCGUCUGAAGAUCAUUGAAGAGGGUGACUUUAAAGGUCUUGGAGCGCUCAACUUUCUGGAUCUCAGUCACAACCUUCUAGACACUUUCCCUAAAAAUCUGCCACCAUCUGUCCAGCAACUCUACCUUACCAACAACUCCCUGACUGGCCUGACCGACAACUGCCUUCAGGGCUUCAACAGACUUCGUUACCUACGAGUUGGACACAACAAGCUAAGUAACGAAGGGUUGGAUCCUAAUGCCUUCAACCUCACCUCUCUGGUAGAGCUUGACCUUUCGUAUAACCAGCUGACCGAAAUCCCAUUAAUUCCCACUACACUUCAAUAUCUCUACAUGGAGGUCAACCACAUCCAAGAGUUCAAUGUGAGCAGCUUCUGCAGGACGGUGGGACCCAUGUCGUAUUCACGGAUGAAGAUACUGAGGCUGGAUGGUAAUAUGUUGGAGUACCACAAGCUGCCUCCUGACUGGGUGUUCUGUCUACGAGUCAUUCAUAACAUUUAUAUCUGAUCUAAUAAAUCCACAUAUUGUCGAAGAAGCUUAAACAUUUAAUGCUUUUUUAGCUUUGCAAUACAACAACAAUUUUUAUUAUGUUAUUGUUUUAAAAAAAAAAAUAAGUUUGAGUACAUGUUGUAGGAUCUUAUUAAAACUUUGUACAUAAUAAUAUGGGGGAUAAAUAAUACUCAACGUAAGAGGACAUAACAUCAAAAUAAAUAUACAUAUAUCAGAUUAUAUAUCAUGGUAAUGAUACUGUUUUGUGUAACAAAGUUUUUUUCUGCUGAAAGUAGUGAUUUAUUUACAGCAAAUGUUCUUGUAGUACACUCUGAAAACUGCCAAUAAAUGCUGCUGCCAAACUGAGACAUUUUAGACAAAAUCUUUUCAUGGAUUAAUCAUUGAUCAUAACGGUACAUACAGUAUAAUGUCCUGAAAAUCACUUGGACAAUGUUUUGGCAGAGUUUUGGCAGUGUUAUUCCAUUGCAUGACACAAACUACAUGACAAGCUAUAAAGACUGUCUUUCUGUUGGCACAUUGUGUUUUCAUUCUCAAGAAAU